AAUACUUCAAGUCUCCCUCAAAUGGGAGAUAAGAAAAAAUCCUACAUAUUUAGCAAAAUAGACUAACCAUACUGACACGGAAUGAACACUCUCAAAAUUGUAGGUCUGCUCUGCUGUUUAGCUUUUCUGGUCCGGUCCGCACACAUUCCAGAGAGGUCAAUGGACGCAAGGAGUUUGGUCGAAAAAAUAUUAGUCAACAUCCCUGUGGUUCACGGGUCCAGUGUCAAAAUCACGGGCCUGACCCUUGACCCGUCCAGCCAGUCUAGGAACAUACCGUACCAGUCCAUGGUGACCUCCCUGGGCAUCCCCGCAGCACCAGAACUAAAGACUGUCUGCAGACCCCUAAACCAAAUCGACUUCACCCUGGAGGUGUGUCUGAGCAGUAUGUCUGCGGGGCUGCAGCUGUAUCAGGAUGUGCUGGGUGUGCUGAAGGAGCGUGUGACCACUGAAAAGGUGACAGGACUCCUGGCUGACAUCAGAGACCUGCUGGCCCAGGUCAACAAGAUGCAGGAGCCGGGCCAGAUGAGCAGUGUGGCCCAGUAUGAGGCCUCGGGACUGGCCUCACUCCUCCCAGGGGACUACGAGGUUCAGGUUGCCACUCACUUUAUCCUGUUGCAGCUCCGUGACUUCACACAGAACCUGAAACGCAGCCUGCGCAACGUCGAACACCUGACUUCCAGGCCAGGACAGAGCAGCUGAACUACUCCUUUUCAGGCCAGGACAAAGUGCCUGGGCUGCACUCUACAGCAGCAGCAAAACCUGUGCAGACGUGGAUGGAGGACCGGAGUGGGGUCGUCCGUGCCAGAAGCCUAUUGGACAUCUAAGGCAGCUGCGUAGUGAUGUCGCCUGGCUGAAACAUAUUUAAUAUCUAUUCGAGCCUGCUUCAGUCUUUCUAUCUAUUCUGUCAAUCAAGGUCAAAUGGGACAUUCGAAAACAUGAAGCAAGCGGAGCACUUGAUCUGAGAGAGAGGGACGCUACACAAUUGGUUUUGGUGCCAUCCCCUAUCUGCCAAGAUCUGGUCCUCAUCCUAUAACUGCAGGUCGCUGGCCUUGUUCUGUUCCCCAUCAAUUGGUACAAUAGCAACUGGUCAAGGACUGCCGGCGUUUCUUCUUCUCUUUCUCCCCAUGAGGGUUUAGUUCUUAGCUUGUCCUGCCAACCUACGACACCUCUGAUUGCUGUCUCAAGAGUUUCCUUGAGAUAAAGCAACACUGAUAGAUGCCAGAUAGUGGCAAGUCCCCGCCUGCACUCCCACUAACUCGAAUGUGCGAUAAACCAUGGCCACUGUUUGAUACUUAUUUAUACUUAUUUAUACUUUUAAAAAAUAUUUAUAUUUAUGAAGUACUGGGAUAUUUGUUUGUGUAUUUUAAUUUAUUUUGUUUGCAUAUGCAUGUAUUUAUUUAUUUAAUGUAUUUAUACUGUAUGUGUUUUUUUAUUGAUUGAUACAGUCAUCCCUAGAAUAAUUUUCUGGUGGGUGUCAAAAUAUUUGUAUUGUAUGUGGUUUGGCAGAGGUAAAACAAAUGUUAUAUACCAGGA